AUCACCAAUAUCAAGUGUUGUGGUGAACAGGACGCUCAACGUACAACAAGCCACCACAGAGAGAGAUCAUCCAUAGUGACAUCGACAUCAUGCCGGGCUUCGAUUUCAGCAACCACAACAGAAAUCUUGCCUUACACGCUCAAGGUGUCCCGCUACCAAAAGCAACAUCGACCGGUACCACCAUCGUCGGUUGCCUAUACGAUGGAGGUGUUGUCAUUGCCGCCGAUACUAGAGCAACAAGCGGUCCGAUAGUAGCAGACAAGAACUGCGAGAAGCUCCACUACAUCGCCCCUCAAAUCUGGUGUGCAGGCGCCGGUACUGCAGCCGACACCGAAUUCACCACGGCCCUCAUCUCCUCCAACCUCGAACUCCACGCGCUCUCCACCGGCCGAAAGCCCCGCGUCGUCACCGUCAUGACCAUGCUGAAGCAACAUCUCUUCCGAUACCAAGGCCACAUCGGCGCAUACCUCGUCGUCGCCGGCUGCGAUCCCACCGGCAGCCACCUCUUCACCGUGCACGCCCACGGGUCCACCGACAAGCUCCCCUACGUGACCAUGGGAUCCGGUAGUCUGGCGGCCAUGUCGGUGUUCGAAUCGACGUGGAAGAAGGAUCUCACCGAGGACGAGGCGGUGAAACUGUGCGCGGAUGCGAUCCAGGCGGGUAUCUGGAACGAUUUGGGAUCCGGUAGCAACGUGGACGUGUGCGUGAUCACGCCGGAGAAGACCCAUCUCAAGAGGAAUUACAUCACGCCCAACGUGCGCGAGAAGAAGAUGCGCAACUACAAGUUCGCGCGGGGAACGACGGCGGUGCUCAACCAGAAGAUCAUCACCAAGGAGGAGAUCAGCAAGUAUGUCGUGGUGCAGGACAUUGGUGACGGAGAGGCGGGCGUGGGCGAGAAGAUGGACAUCUCAUAGACGGCGAAUGGACGAUGGGAUGACGGGAACACACCGGACGAUGGUACUGUACG